CAAAGAGGUGGUGAGUUCUUCCCGAAAUCAUUUCCGGUUUUAGAAAUUUUAAAGAAAUUUUGUUUCUUUUUUGAUGAAAUUUGUGAAACGAAAUGUUUUAAUUGGGAAACGGCAUCAAUUAAAACAGCAGGACAACAGGGUUUCUGUUCCGUGACAGGAACAACCGACUCACCAUCUGAACUCUUUGGCUUUACUUUGAUUUGAUAUUCUCAAAUCUCGUUCUGUCCACAAAACAACCAAGUCUUUGCUAUUAAAUAUAAAUAUACAAAUAUAUAUAAAUAUAAUAUAAUAUAUAUUAUAUAGACAUAAUAAUAUAAAUAUAAUAUAUAAACCAUGAAUAUCAAUGUUAAAAUAUUGAAAGGUCGAGAAUGUACAGUGAAGAUUUCUCCCUCAGACUCCAUACAGAAACUGAAAGAGUUGAUAGCUGUACAGAUGGAUAUACCUGUCGGACAACAAAAGUUGGUUUAUCAAGGCAAAAAUCUAUCGGAUGAGAAAACCAUCAAUUCCUAUCAGAUUCCUGAAAAUGGAAAAGUGUUUUUGGUAACAAAGAAAUCUGAUGAAACACCAAGUCCCAGCUCAACUGCACAGUCUUCGCACUUCUAUGAUAAACUGCGUCUUUUCCUCUGUCGACAUUUCACUGAUUCAGAUGCUGACUUAGUUUUGACGGAAUUCAAAAAGGAUUUCGAGAACCGACUGAACAGCCUCAGCUUAGAUGACAUUGAACGCCUGGCAACCAUCAAGUUAUUUCAAGCGAAAAAGUUAAAUUCUUCGUAGCACACAUCUCAUUAAACCUAUUUCGUUUUUUUUUAUUCAUUGUGGUCUUUCCUCCCUCCCCCUCUGCCCCCUCCCGUGAUUGGUGCCUGGCAGUUGUGUGUGAAGAUGUGUUGGGACAUCAACUUCCUUUCUGUCGUUCUUUUUUGAAAUUUCUUUUCCUUCUCCUCCUCUUUCUUCUUAAAAGAUAUGCCAAGUGCCAGCGACUCAAAGAUAUGCCGUGUGCCGCCAUCUUUUCUCUCCCCUUGCCCGCCUCAACCAAUCUGUUCUUAAAAUGUGGUGCAUACACAACUCUGGGAAAGAAAACCAAAACAAACCAUCCUUUAUCUAUGUUACCAUUUCUGGCCUUGUGUAUGCACACAAACACAGGCACAUCACAUAUCUCACACACACACACACACACACUCACACACACACACUCACGCAUACACACCACACCCCACCCUCAAGUUGUCUAGCUUAAACAUCAGAAGAGAGACUAUUCAAAGACUUGGUAGUUAAUAAUUCACAUCAUAUUCUCUCUCUCUCUCUUUUUCUCUAAGCUAUUUUCAAAUAUUUUAUUGUACUAUAAUUUGAAUAAAACCUAAAAUAACUCUUUAAUAUACAUUUCGAAGCUAAAA